UGUUCGAACUUCUUCAGUUUUGUCUGCUCCUAGAAGCUGCCACUUCGGCUAAAUUUUUUUGUCCACUUCUCCUUUCUAUUCAAAAGCCAAUCUUGCACCAUUUUUCUUUAAUGUCACACAGCUUUUCGGAGUAAAAUCUUGGACCCUCUUCUAAAGUAUCGUGUAUGAGACUCUCAUCAGUGGCUGAAGCUUUUUGGUCCAAGAUAAAUCCUGGGCAUAAUUUAGUGUGUUUGUUCUGAUAGUAAGAUGGCAUUGAUAUUCCUAAGAGGGAUACAGCUUAACCCGUGUAUGUUAUACCCAUCUUCUUAUUUUGCAAGAAAACAUGGUGUUUUGUAUUGUUGUAUGAGAAAUGCACAGACACAAACUGCAACCCAAGAAAAGGAACAGACUAAGUUGAGAGUUUCCACACAAAGCCAACCUAAAGCAGUUGAUAAAUUUCUGAAGGAUUAUGAGGCAGUUAUAGGGAUAGAAACCCAUGUUCAACUUUCCACUCUUACUAAGGCCUUUUGUAGCUGCCCUUAUAACUAUGGUUCUCCACCAAAUACCAGUGUUUGUCCUGUUUGUAUGGGUUUGCCUGGUGCAUUGCCAGUGUUGAACUCAAAGGUGAUAGAGUGUGCAGUAAGAGUUGGCCUUGCACUCAAUUGUAAACUGUCUUUGAAUUCCAAGUUUGAUAGAAAGCAGUACUUUUAUCCCGACCUUCCAAAAGGGUAUCAAAUAUCACAGUUUGAUAUCCCAAUUGCUAGUGGUGGUUAUCUUGAUGUUGAUCUUCCACUCGAGUAUGGCGGUGGCCAUAGAAAGUUUGGCAUUACCAGGGUGCAUAUGGAAGAAGAUGCAGGGAAGCUGCUCCAUACCGACGGUGGGAGCUACUCACAGGUUGACUUAAAUAGGGCGGGAGUCCCAUUGUUAGAAAUUGUUUCUGAACCAGAUAUGAGAACUGGUAUUGAAGCUGCAGAAUAUGCUGCAGAAUUGCAAAGGUUGGUCAGGUAUUUGGGAGUGAGUAAUGGUAAUAUGCAAGAAGGGUCACUUCGCUGCGACGUCAAUAUUUCAGUUCGUCCUAUUGGGCAAUUAGAGUUUGGUACAAAGGUUGAAAUUAAAAACUUGAAUUCCUUCUCAUCGAUGAGUAGGGCCAUUGAUUAUGAAAUUUCAAGACAGGUGCUACUACAUAACCAAGGCCAGGUUGAUCAAAUUGUACAGGAAACUCGUCUAUGGGAGGAAGGUGCUCAGAAAACAGUAACCAUGCGGAAAAAGGAAGGACUUGCUGACUAUCGUUAUUUCCCUGAACCCGAUCUUCCUGGAGUUACUCUCACCGAGGAGUAUGUGGACAGUAUCCGUGAGUCAUUGCCUGAACUUCCAGAAGAUAAGCGUCGGAGGUAUGAGAAGAUGGGCCUAAGCAUGCAAGAUGUCCUAUUUCUUGCCAAUGACAUCAAUAUUGCAGAUUUUUUUGAUACAACAACUGCAGGAGGUGCUGAUAUAAAGCUUUCUGCCAAUUGGAUUAUGGGAGAUAUUGCUGCGUACAUGAAAAAUGAAAAAGUGACUAUCAAUGAGAUUAAACUUACCCCUCAAGAACUCGGGGAGCUCAUAGCUUCCAUUAAAGAUGGGACCAUCAGUGGAAAGAUUGGGAAGGAGAUUUUAUUUGAGCUAAUCGCCAAGGGUGGAACAGUCAAGGGACUGAUAAAAGAAAAGGAUCUGGUUCAGAUUGUUGACACUGCGGAGAUUGAGAAAAUGGUAGAUAAGGUGAUUGCAGAUAGUCCAAAGCAGCUGGAGCAAUACCGUGGUGGUAAAACUAAAUUGCAAGGUUAUUUUGCUGGCCAGGUGAUGAAGGAAUCGAAAGGCAAAGCAAAUCCAAAACUUUUGAACAAAAUCCUUUUAGAGAAAUUAAAUGCCAAAAGCUGAUGUUGGCUGUUAUCUGAUCUUGUAUGCCAUUUAGUUCUUUCUUUUCCUGGUCCAUUUAUGCAUCAUCAGGCAUUUCUUUCCUCUCUUAUCAUAUUGCUUAUGUUCCGUUUGGAUGACAUGAUGACUGUUACCAUCCUUGCAAUGUGGUUUCAGCGAUAGCGAUAUUAACUGGUGCUAAUCUUGAUAUCUCCAACAAGUGGAAGCACCUGAUAUGUGUUUUCAGCUCAUUUGCAAAUCAUCAUCAUGAGGACAAAUUUAGCAGAGCUAGGAUAGGUCUUUACUUUCAAGAUUUUUUUGGACUAAAUCUUAAAUAAGUACAACAAUGGUAUAAUUUCGAACUACCAAAGUUCUGAUUUAUGUACUAGCAACAGGGGAGAAUAAGCUACUUGUUAAUGCAAUUGCAGCUGAUACUUUCUUCCUUUCAAGUGUAACUAAAGCAUGUAUCUUCACUGUGUAUUCAAUGUCAUUUCCAUAUUUCUGUUGAUGAA